UUAAAAUAGUGCCUAGGUGUAAUACAACAAAACAACAUUUCUCCAUUAUUGUUUCUCCAAACAUCUGUUCUCUGCAGUGAAACCAUUUCACCUCCUCUACUCUAUACUCAUCUAAUUCUCUUCCAUGGAGACGAAGCAGCCAUAGCGUGGGGUCGGAGCCGGAGCAGCCUGGGUCGACGGCGUAUUCUGAGAACUUCUCGGUGUGGGGUCGGCCGAUGAAUCUGAUGGGGAUGCCUCCAUACGAUCCGGUCUUACCUCCUUGGGCCCCGCCAUCGCCGCUACGAGCGCCGGCACCACAGCCGCCGCAGCUUCCGUAUAUGCCCCCUCCGUCUGCUUCGUUCUGGACUUCGGCAAACGUGAGCAGCCGCCUCAAAGAACUUCACGACACUUUAAACCUCGCCAAAGCAAUGGAAAAAGGGAUGGAAAUGUUGAUUCAGAUGAAAGAAGAGGGAUUUGAAAUUAGUGAAAUCGAAGAUUUAGGGCGUGGCAACGUAUCUAUGAGUAGGUUUUCUAAAUUCAUGAAGGACAACUGCAUUGGAGUUGAAUUUCAGGAAAUGAUGACGUUGAGCGCUGUAAAUGCUGUGAUGUCGAGGCUGAGAUUUCUGCUGGAGCCAUUCAGGGUUGUUGCGGAUGAGAAUAGUCCUUGGGAGGAGAAGUCUGCCUUGAAAAGGUUGGCUGACAAAAUGGAGAAGUAUAAAAGAAAUAAACUAUGGCAGAAAAGGAAAAGGAGGCGGGUAGCGGAGAAAUUAGCUAAGGAGCAUGAACAGUUUGAAAAGAUAGAUAAGGAAGCAGAUGAAUGGAUGAGAAAGGAGAUGGCCAAAGACAGUGCUCAACACAAGAAAAAAAGUAUUGAUACCGUGCCGGUAGAAAAGAUGGAGGAAAUAGCCAAGCUUAAGGCAAAAGAGGAGAAGAAAAGACUGGAAUCCGAGCUUGAGCUGGUGUUGAUUGUUGAAAAGCUACAGGAACUACGUUCUCUCAGAGUACAGAAAAUGAAAAAACAAGGUCAUUUUCUUCCAGAAGAGGGUGACAAAUUUCUUGAACAAGUUCGAGCUGCAGUUGAGGAGGAAGAACGACGAUCAAUGGCUACUGCGGAUACAGAUGCUGCUAAAGAUGCUAUUGCUACUAUUGAGGAAUCAAGAAAACACACCAAGAGUCAUGCACCAGACGCAAAAGAACCGAAUGUUGAUGAUGGUGGUUGUACAGAAACCCAAAAUCAGAAAAUUGAUAGAGACAGUGAUAGAAUUUUAAAGAACACUGCCCAUGAUGAAUCUAGAAAACCUGAUGCAACUAGACCUGGUUGUGGCAGUAAUUACGAUUCUGUUGCUAAUUUGCCCAUGGAGUUUUACCACUAUUAUCAUGGUAGCAAUGCUGAUAUGGGCACACUCAUUGAGGUGAGAAGAACAUGGGAUGCAUACAUAAGACCUGGAGGAAGCCGCAUACCAGGGCACUGGGUUCAACCGCCACCUCCUGCAGAUGAGAUAUGGGCAUCCUAUUUGGUUAAACCUAAAUGAUCUUGACCUCGGAUAGGAAGCUGGCUUUGCUGUACUGCUGUUACGCCUAGCCAUUGGACAUCCUUGGCUCUGAGCUGUCGAGAACUGAAAACGACGCCAGGCUAGGAGGUCUGGAUCUUGAUGGAAUAGAACAAGAAGAACGCCAAAGAUCUCAGAAGACAUUCCCGAUAUUGUUACUCAAUCUAAACAAAUCAGUGAGAAGAACAUGGGAUGCAUACAUAAGACCUGGAGGAAGCCGCAUACCAGGGCACUGGGUUCAACCGCCACCUCCUGCAGAUGAGAUAUGGGCAUCCUAUUUGGUUAAACCUAAAUGAUCUUGACCUCGGAUAGGAAGCUGGCUUUGCUGUACUGCUGUUACGCCUAGCCAUUGGACAUCCUUGGCUCUGAGCUGUCGAGAACUGAAAACGACGCCAGGCUAGGAGGUCUGGAUCUUGAUGGAAUAGAACAAGAAGAACGCCAAAGAUCUCAGAAGACAUUCCCGAUAUUGUUACUCAAUCUAAACAAAUCAGUGAGAAGAACAUGGGAUGCAUACAUAAGACCUGGAGGAAGCCGCAUACCAGGGCACUGGGUUCAACCGCCACCUCCUGCAGAUGAGAUAUGGGCAUCCUAUUUGGUUAAACCUAAAUGAUCUUGACCUCGGAUAGGAAGCUGGCUUUGCUGUACUGCUGUUACGCCUAGCCAUUGGACAUCCUUGGCUCUGAGCUGUCGAGAACUGAAAACGACGCCAGGCUAGGAGGUCUGGAUCUUGAUGGAAUAGAACAAGAAGAACGCCAAAGAUCUCAGAAGACAUUCCCGAUAUUGUUACUCAAUCUAAACAAAUCAGUGAGAAGAACAUGGGAUGCAUACAUAAGACCUGGAGGAAGCCGCAUACCAGGGCACUGGGUUCAACCGCCACCUCCUGCAGAUGAGAUAUGGGCAUCCUAUUUGGUUAAACCUAAAUGAUCUUGACCUCGGAUAGGAAGCUGGCUUUGCUGUACUGCUGUUACGCCUAGCCAUUGGACAUCCUUGGCUCUGAGCUGUCGAGAACUGAAAACGACGCCAGGCUAGGAGGUCUGGAUCUUGAUGGAAUAGAACAAGAAGAACGCCAAAGAUCUCAGAAGACAUUCCCGAUAUUGUUACUCAAUCUAAACAAAUCAGUGAGAAGAACAUGGGAUGCAUACAUAAGACCUGGAGGAAGCCGCAUACCAGGGCACUGGGUUCAACCGCCACCUCCUGCAGAUGAGAUAUGGGCAUCCUAUUUGGUUAAACCUAAAUGAUCUUGACCUCGGAUAGGAAGCUGGCUUUGCUGUACUGCUGUUACGCCUAGCCAUUGGACAUCCUUGGCUCUGAGCUGUCGAGAACUGAAAACGACGCCAGGCUAGGAGGUCAUCUUGAUGGAAUAGAACAAGAAGAACGCCAAAGAUCUCAGAAGACAUUCCCUUCCUGGUUCUCCUUCUCUCUCUCACUAGCGUUCGCUCCAAUUUAUAGAAUGGUCACUGUAGUGGAAUAGGCUAUUAGCUCUGCGUGGUUCUGUUCAAUUUUUGUGCAACAUCAGCUAAGGAAUUCAAAGCCGCCACAGAGAUUACGAUCAUAUGCUAAGCAUGUUGCUAUUUGAAGGGUGUUAGGCUAUUGCUUAUCCGACAAAUUAUGUAGGAGUUUGAGUUGUUCUAAAACGUCUUUUACAUCUCUCCAUCGUGCAAUUAAUUUGUACCCUGUACUAAAAAAAUCUUUUUUACUCGAUUUUUAUUAGUCCUA